AUGGCACCAAACGAUGACGACGAAGAUUAUGGCUUUAGCUCUGGCGAUGAAGCAGAGUUGAUCGCUCUAUCGCAAAGUGCCAGCACGAAACGAAAGUCCAGCGCGGAACUGCCUCCUUCAAAACGAAUAGCCCUUCAAUACCAGUCUGCCAACAAGGCCCUGACGGAGAAUUUUGGCAUGAAGGAGUUUCGUUUGCAGCAAAAGCAGGUCAUAUCACGAAUCUUGAGUGGGAAAAGUGCAGCAGUCGUCUUUCCAACUGGUGGUGGCAAGAGCCUGUGCUUUCAAGUACCGGCUCUGGCCUUCGCCGAGGAGGACGAAUUGGCUGGCACACGCGCAGAAGGAGAACAUGGAAUAACACUGGUGGUUUCGCCCCUAAUUGCGUUGAUGAAGGACCAGACAGAUGCCCUCCUACGUCGUGGUAUCAAAGCAGCCACAUUCGAUUCGACGAAGUCUCGAGAGGAAUAUUUGGCAACAUGCGAGAUGCUUCGAAAUGGCGAGCUGAAGUUGUUGUAUUGUGCCCCCGAGCGGUUGAAUAAUGAGGGAUUCAUUGAGCAGAUGAAGCAUGUCCGUGGAGGGAUCCGUCUUCUAGCUGUGGACGAAGCACAUUGCAUAUCUGAGUGGGGACAUGCCUUCCGUCCUGACUAUCUCAAGAUAGCAAGAUUCGCAGAGGAGAUAUGCGCAGAACGUGUUAUCUGCUUGACGGCAACAGCCACACCCCGAGUUGCAACAGAUAUUUGCGAGACCUUUGGGAUCGACGAGAGUUCCGGUCUUUUUCGCACAUCAACCUUUCGCCCCAAUCUUCAACUUCUCGCUGAGUCCGGGGUGAGUAAAAAGGAACUACAUCCCAAGCUUUUCAAAUUCCUCAAAAGCAACCCUGGAUCAUCAAUCGUUUAUGUUACUCUGCAGAAGGACACCGAGCAGUUGGCUGUAGAGCUUCGAAGAAAGGGCUUUAAUGCUAGACCUUUCCAUGCAGGAAUGGGCGCUCCAGAAAAGGCAGAGCUGCAAGAUGACUUCAUGAGAUCGAAGGACCUUAUCAUCGUUGCCACGAUCGCUUUCGGGAUGGGCAUUGACAAGGCAUCAAUCAGGAACGUCAUACAUUUCAACAUCCCAAGCAGUCUUGAAUCUUACAGUCAGGAAAUUGGCCGAGCUGGAAGAGAUGGCAAGUUGAGCAAGUGCAUGUUUUAUGUCUGCGGCGAAGAUCUUCAUCUUCGAGAGAUGUUUGCUCGAGGCGAUUUACCUACCCGAGCGGCCAUUCGAGGAGUUCUUCAGGAGAUCUUCACCCCGAUGAACACUUCUCAACCAAUUGGCAACCAACUGCAGUUCAGCCACUAUUCUCAAGAGAGGGAUUUUGAUAUUCGCUCAACGACGCUGAAGAAUAUAUACGCCCAACUCGAGCUCACCCACCACCUUAUUCGAGCAACUACUCCGAUUUACAGCAAGUACACAUGGAAGCCUGGUCCAGGAUUUCAGUCAACGCUGAAUUCGGACAAGUCACCAGCGGGAGUUGCUAUCAAGAACCAUGCCAAGUACGGGAAAUCGCUGUAUUCAUUCGAUAUGGACAUGGCUGUGGCGUCCUCCCAUCUUCCGAGAGGUGACAUCCUCAAGAAAUUACAAACCUUUCACGACAACGGAGAUCUCGAGCUGAAGCCAGCUGGUGUCAUGAGCGUGUACAAGAUCCUCUCACGACUACCCAAGACUGCGCCUGAAGUGGAGAUCCUCGUUGACGUCUUGUAUGCUACAUUUCAGAAGCGGGAAGAAGAAGCACUCGCUAGGACUGAUGAAAUGUUACAGCUCAUCACAGCCAAGGCAUGUUUCUCUAAGUCACUUGCUCAGCAUUUUGGUGACGAUCUUCUGGAUGGUAAGACAGAGUGUGGCCAAUGUACGUGGUGCACGACCCGCAAAGCUGUUGAACAGCGAUUACCUCCACCUGUCCCAUUCAACCAUUCCGCCUGGAAUGCAGUGCUUGAUGAGAUCGAGGGUAGAGAUGAUCCACGACUUCUUGCAAAGGUUGCUUUCGGUAUAGGAAGUCCAAAGAUUUCCUAUGAAUUGAAGCUUUCUAAGCACGGUGUCUUUGGCUCGAUGGACGAUCACAAUUUCCUGGAUCUUUUGCGCGCUGCCGAGUCCGCCUGCUCGAAUCCUAAGACGUCGAGACCCAAGCCCAAAUUAGCUCCGAAGACGACAACUCAAACGAAAAGCUCAUCGUCGAAACCUGCUGGUAAGACUUCGAAAUCUGCUGGGAGGAGGUCGACUCCGAAAUAA